UGCCGUACAAGUAAAGUUGUUGCUAUUAGUUGUGUGCGUCGUCGUGCUGUUGUUGUUCACUUUUCCGUCCCUCCGUCGGUCCGCCGCCAAUCGUUCCCAAAAUUGCGUCUCGGCAAUGUCUUCUGAGUUGUGAUGCUCUGUCCUUCCUUGGAGUGCUAUACUAUUCUGUCCCCGUAUUAGAUUCAACAUUUUUUUUUGAUGGUUUGAUAUCAUCUUAUCCUUCGAAAACAAAACGCACAAAGCAAUAGAAUUGUGAGCAGGACAAGAGCUCAGACAUGGUAGUGGCGCUUUUCUAUGAAAUAAUCAAAAUCAUUUGUAGGCAUUAUGGAUUGGAUUUUUGAAUACAAGGCCUUCCUUCUCCACUCCUUCCUCCUGACUACCCGCUUGCCUCUGCUAAGUUUCUUUACUCUCCCAGAUUUUUUUUUUCCUCUAAUCACUGUGGGCAUUUUGUUAUUGCCCUUUCAUUAAUUGUAUAUAUCUUCUGUCAAAAUUCUAUGGUUAUAUUCUUGCUGCUGCAUCAAACGAUAGUCUCACUAAUUCUUUUAAUGCAUAUCUCCAUUAUGUUUUAGCAUGUGCUUUUGGACUUGGUUUCAGGUUUAUGAGUUGAUCUCCCUAUUCCUUGCGCUUUCUGGAGGAGAAAGUGGACCUCUUCUCUGUUGCAUGCAGUCACUAGAAUAUCUCUUUGGCUAGAUUUUUGCAAACUCUAAAUCCAACAGUGAUUGGCCUAGAUUUGGAUGCCUAUCCUAGAUUUAGGAUUGAAGCUGCUCUGUAGCUUAACUGUUGCUUUUGGCUUUCUUCAGCAGGCUGAAAUUCGUGUUCCCAUUUCUUAUUGUGUACAAGACCAGAUAAUCUGGUUUUGCAUUUAAUUCUUCUGCAGUGUAUCACAAUAUCCUCACUCCCCGUAUCCAAACUUGGCUGUAACUUUCAGAGGAGUCAGCCAGCAGAAAAGUUACUUCUUAUGGUUUGGUAUGUGAGCAAGAAGCAUUCAGUCUUGAAGAAUACCUAGUAAUGGGUUUGCUGCAACUUUCAUCGUGCUGUGAAAUUUCUGAGGAUGUCACAGCAUCCUCAAGUAUAUUUCUGCCAAGCCCACCACAAAUGCCUGGUGUGAGCGCCUGUGACUUGGAUGGAAUGCAUGUUGGUGUUAUAACCCCACCGUUUGGGGGAAAUUCGAUAUGUUCUUCAUUAGGAGACUUUAACCGCAAAUCCUCAUUGGAGGCCUCAAACUUUUCUCAUAAUUCAUUUCAGCAGGAUUCUGUAGAUGCGGUAGCUCAUUGUCACGUGUCAAGAGCUCAUUUUGGUGACAAAAUUGACUCGUUAUCUCCAUGUGCCAAGAGGGAUAUGUACACUCCUGCUUCUCGAAUUGUUGGUUUUGAAGCUUUCCAAAAGGAUAUCCUCCCUGGUGGAAUGAAUGGAGUUUCAGCCAACAAUGCCGAUCAUAUUGUGGUUGGCACUAACUCUGAUGAAACUGAAUCUAGUGGAUCUUUUGUCAGGAAGCGGUUGUUGUCACCACUGAAUAAUAUGCUUUUCCCUGAGCAAUUUAGUGGUGAUUCUAUGGACAUUGGUAGGAGCACUUUUCAUUCCAGUUCUCAUGGCAGUCGUUCUCUUUAUAUUGCCCAAGAUUAUAAAAAAGCAAACAUUGGAAGAAAAAAACAUAUCAGGGCACCUAUUUGGCCUAUAUCGAAGUUCUCGGAGCAGAAAGGGAUGCGUAAUUACCAUGAAACUACCUCUUUGUGUUUUACUGAUGGGCCUUUACUGGAGGAGAAUGAAGUAAUCCCAUUUAAUUGCCUGCCUUCAUCUGAAGUUAAUUGUUUAGGAGGAUUGAAUAAAGUGAGGCCAUCAUCUUCGGCAACACCAGCAUUGACCAAGGAUGAUAAUGCAGCUCCACUAUCUUCAUCACCUCUUCGUCCUAGAUUUUCUGAAAAAUUAACAGUUCCAUGCAGAGGAAAAAUUAUCAAAAGUGAGAGAGACAUUUUUGAGAAUAUGGGACAUUUAUAUAAGGAGAAUGUCUCCAGCUUUUUAGGUUCUUGUAGAGAAGAGGAUUUUGGGAUAGCAAGCACAUCAUUUGAAGAUUGUCGGUGUCUCAAAAAAGGUAUUCAGUCUUCAUCACCAGAAAGUAACACUGGAAGGAGUUGGCCUAUCUAUCAAGAUCUUGGCACUACAGCCAGUUGCAUGAAGUUGUCCAGAAGUUUGAGGGGGCUUCCUAUUAGAAGAUCAUUGGUUGGCUCAUUUGAGGAAUCGCUAUUUUCUGGUCGGCUUGCUAUGGGAAGACACAGUCAGAGAAUAGACGGAUUUCUUGCUGUCAUUAGCGUAAGUGGAGGCAAUUUUUCUCCUAAAGUCCAGAAACUUCCAUUUGGAGUUGUCAGUGUUGAUGGAGAUAAUUACUUACUAUACUAUGCAUCCAUUAACCUUGCUGGAAAUUCACCAUCAAACGGUUGCAGAGGCCAAAAUUUCAAAAGAGGUUUUGCUGGUGAUGAUCCUCAAAAUAGCAAGAGUCGCCUGCGCAUUCCAGUGAAGGGGCGGAUACAGUUGGUCUUAAGCAACCCAGAAAAGACACCUAUUCACACUUUCUUCUGCAACUAUGAUUUGGGUGAUAUGCCAGCUGGUUCCAAGACAUUCCUGCGUCAGAAGAUGACCCUGGACUCUGUUGGAUCAAAUCUUACAUGUCAGAAAGAAGGGCAGCACAAUACCGAGGUGAAGUUGGAGAGAAAGGGUACUUCAGCUUUAGAAACAAGUCGCCUUGGUGAAACAGUGGAUGAAAAGGAAAUUGCAUGUGAGAGUUGUAAAGAGAAAUGCAACGGUGGAGAUGCAUGUCAUGAAACUGAUAGGAAGUCUCAACAUUCUUGUUCCAAAGUCAAUAGGAGUACGAGUAAUGCUGGUUCCCUACGCUAUGCACUUCAUCUACAUUUUCUGUGUCCUUCGCCUAUAAAAGGCUCAAAAUCAGUUCAGACUAGCAAAUCAGAUCCCCUAUCUAUUGCUCAUGGUACUAGAGACAAGAAGGACGAACGGAGAUUUUAUCUGUACAAUGAUUUAAAGGUGGUGUUUCCUCAGCGACAUUUAGAUGCUGACGAGGGCAAGUUGAACAUUGAGUAUCAUUUUCCAGAAGAUCCAAAAUACUUUGACAUCAUCAGCUGAAACGAGUAGAUUGGCGUCUCGAUUUAUUCACAUGUUUUUGUGUGUGUGUGUGUAUAUACACAUAUAUAUUGCCUUAUCUUAGUGCCCUUUCCGUGCAGAUAGCCUGUAACACACUUUCCCCUGUAAAAACUGAAAAAAGAAAGGAUAUAGUGGAAACGAAAAGAAAUUCUAUCAAGUGGGUUGCUCCUAUAUUUACAGUGAUAUCUGUACUGACUGGUUGGAAAACUUGAGGAAUUAGGACGUUUGGUCGGUUAAUCACUCAGGUUACUCUAUUCCAGACAGAUAAAAAGGCCCUUGAAGCCAGUUCUAUUUUCCUUCUGGCGGGUAUAUAUCCGAGUCCUAUUUUGAAAAGAAGAAAAUGGUGCAACGAUGAGAAGUCAUUGAUCUUUGAAAGUAAGUAUAAGAAAGAUUGGUUAGGUUGUGCCGACUGAUAUAAAGCUUUGAGGUCAGCAGAGAAUGUCAGACACAAGGCUGAAGUUCGUCAUGGUGGGUUUAUAUUUGAUUAAUUGUUCUCCAGUGAUAUUGGUAGUUUCCACAUAAUCGUAAUGACUGAACUUUAUUGUUAGAGUCGAAAAGUUUUCGAGUUCUUUUGGAAUUACAGUUCAAAUGACCUUUGUUUA